AUGAUGUCCUCCGCCAACGAAGAGGAUCCCUUCCUCCAGGUCCAACAAGAUGUCCUCGCCCAGCUGGACUCGACCCGGCCCCUCUUCACCUCGUACCUCCGCAUCCGCUCCCUCUCUACGUCCCCGACCUCUCCCGAGCUCGCCUCCGCCCGCUCCGACCUCGCAUCCGCACUCGAGUCGCUAGCCGAGGACCUCGCCGACCUCGUCGAGUCCGUCAAGGCCGUCGAGUCAGACCCCUCCGCCUUUGGCCUCUCCCCUUCGGAAAUCACCAGACGCAAACGCCUCGUUCAGGAUGUCGGCGGCGAGGUCGAAGACAUGCGCGAGGAGCUCGCUAAGAAGCUGGGCGACGUCUCCUCAUCUUCCAAGGGAAAAUCCGGCGCCGACUCGGACCUCCCCGACCCGAGCUCCUUUGCCAUCGCUGAUGGCGACGACCGCGGCCGCGGCGGGGAGGAUUACACGGCCGAGUUCGAGCAGCAGCAGCAGCUCGAGAUGAUGCGCGAGCAGGACACCCACCUCGACGGCGUGUUCCAGACGGUCGGCAACCUGCGCCGCCAGGCCGAUGACAUGGGCCGCGAGCUCGAGGAGCAGCGCGAGAUGCUUGAGGUCGUCGACAGCGUCGCGGACCGCGUCGGCGGCCGCCUACAGACGGGUGUCCAGAAGCUGCAGUACGUCAUGCGCCGCAAUGAGGACCGCCUGAGUAGCUGCUGCAUCGCCGUGCUCAUUUUUGUGCUGAUUGUGCUACUGGUGUUGUUGUUGAUCUUGUGA